GGAUACCUUCUCAUCCACAACCCCUCUCUCUCUCUCUUCUGUCUUUUCUCUCUCUAGAAAGUUUCCUAUUAUCUAUAAAGAAUCUUAUAAUUUUGCUUGGUUUCAUUUGUUCUCAUGUGUAUGGCUUUUAUUGAAUUAAUAUCUUGAUAGCAGCUUUCACUCAGACCUUUGGUUUCUCUUUUUCCAAUUCUUGAACAAGAUAGGAGAGACUGUAAGCUUAGCAGUUUACAGACUAUUAUUACUCUUUGCUUUCUUACACCUAUUCUUCUUCAGCCUUUUGUCUUCUUUUCACUUCUCUCAGCUAGGGUUUGAGAGAUAGCUAAAUAUAUACAAAGUAGAUUAUAUCUUUUUUUAAUGCAAUGAUUAAGGGUAUGGUAGGAGAUGAUAGUAUGUCAAAUUUAACAUCUGCAUCUAAUGAAGCAAGCAUAUCUUCAAGUAAUAGAGCUGAAAUUGGUAGUGCUCUCUACCCACAGCAUCUUGCACCAACAAACAUUCAAACACAACCAGCUCCUGCUAAUAAGAAGAAGAGAAAUCUACCAGGCAAUCCAGAUCCAGAAGCAGAAGUGAUAGCUUUAUCUCCAAAAAGUCUAUUGGCAACAAAUAGAUUUGUAUGUGAGAUCUGUAACAAAGGAUUUCAAAGAGAUCAAAAUCUUCAACUACACAGAAGAGGUCAUAAUUUGCCAUGGAAACUAAAGCAAAGAACAAACAAAGAAGUGAAGAAGAAAGUAUAUGUUUGUCCAGAGCCUUCAUGUGUACACCAUCAUCCUUCAAGGGCACUAGGGGAUUUGACUGGAAUUAAGAAGCAUUUUUGUAGAAAACAUGGUGAGAAGAAAUGGAAGUGUGAGAAAUGUUCAAAGAGAUAUGCAGUUCAGUCUGAUUGGAAAGCUCAUUCCAAGAUUUGUGGUACUAGAGAGUAUAGAUGUGAUUGUGGAACACUUUUCUCUAGGAGGGAUAGCUUCAUCACACAUAGAGCUUUUUGUGAUGCAUUAGCAGAAGAAAGUGUAAGAACAACAAAUCCUCUAAUUUCUUCUUCUUCAACCUCCCAUCACCUUAAUCUCCAUACCCUCCAAAACUUCCAACUCAAACAAGAACAACAACAACAACAACAACAACAAAUUAAUAAUUUCAACCUUCUUCCUCCACACCCUCCGAACGAGCUUUCGUCUCAGUUAUUCAUUCAUAACCCUAGUAGUAGUAGCAGUAACAAUAUAUUUGGAGCAGCAACAGCAGCAACAUCAGCUCACAUGAGUGCAACUGCAUUACUACAAAAAGCAGCACAAAUUGGUGUCACUUCUUCUAAUUCUAAUUCUGCUCCUAGUUUUUUCAGUCCUACUACUGCUGCUACUACAACUGGCAUGACAGAUAGUGGCGAUUUAGCCUCACGUGAAUAUCAUCAGUUUCAAAAUAUUAGUGCUAAUAAUAGUACUAUGGCCCCCACUACUGGUAAUUUUGUUACUGGUCAUGGCUUGGCAUCUUAUGGCGACAACAACAACAACAAUAACAAAGGUGCUUUUGAUCAUUUUAGUGUCAACUCUGGAUUUAUGGAACAAAUCCAUGACAUGCAAAACAUGAUGGCUGCUGCUACUACUACUACUAAUUUGCCUUGUACUAAUAAUAAUGUUGGUUUUGAUGAGGGAUUUGGUGGUGCAAAUAAUCCUUUGAUAAUGAGAGGUAAAGAAAAUAAUGAAGGAUUGACAAGAGAUUUCUUGGGACUUAAAGCAUUUCCACAUCAUAGGGAUUUUCUCAAUAAUACUACUACAACUGGUCUUCAUCAUCAGAUGGGUUCUUCAUCUUCUGCUGCUGCUGCUGCUUCAUUUGAUCAUCAUCAGCAUAAUCAAAAUCAAAAUCAAUCACCCUGGCAAAAUUAGUCUGCUUUUGAGUUUUAAUUCCUUUAAUUAAUUAGAUAAUAAAAAUAUUUUGUUGUUGUUGGUUUUGUAUUUAGUUUAAAGUCCUUUUGGAAGGGAGCUAAGCACCCCUCCUUAAUUACUCAGCUUUAUUUAUUAUAUAUACUCAUCCUUUCAGUUAUUCA